CAGCUGGUGGGGGCUCGCGUGAGAGGGGCUCAAACCGAGCGGUUGGUUGGUUGAUGGGGGAAACAACAACAAGCUAAGCAUCAUGAGGGUCCCUGAAACACUGAUUUGGGUCGCUUUUCUCAUACACAAGGUGGUGGGAGAGUACGGCAUGGCCCAUUUCAGUGACGUGGGCAAGAGCAAAGGAAAGGAUUACUGCAUCUUCUUCAACUCGCAGUGGGCACGUCUACCUCAGGACCUCAAUAAGGCAUCGCGUCUUCAGAUCUACGACCUGACGACGUCGGUCCUGUGCUCGCCCUCUGACGUCCCAGAGGGAGGCUUCCCAAAUCGCAUCCCCAUGGUGAUGAGAGGCAACUGCACUUUCUAUGAAAAGGUCCGACUGGCCCAGAUUAACGGCGCCAAGGGCCUGCUCAUCGUCAGCAAGGACAGACUGACGCCACCAGCAGGAAACAAGACUCAGUAUGAAGAGAUUGACAUUCCUGUCGCACUGCUCAGCUACUCUGAUAUGCUGGAGAUAAGCAAGACCUUUGGUGAAGAAAGACAGGUGGCCAUGUACGCUCCCAAUGAGCCGGUGUUGGACUACAACAUGGUGAUCAUCUUCUUGAUGGCAGUCGGGACAGUUGCCGUUGGAGGUUACUGGGCCGGCAGCAGAGACAGCAAGAAGCGCUACAUGAAGCACAAGCGGGACGACGGUGCGGAGAAGCAGGACGAGGAGACCGUCGACGUCACCCCCAUCAUGAUCUGUGUGUUCGUGGUCAUGUGCUGCAGCAUGCUGGUGCUGCUCUACUUUUUCUAUGACAGCCUCGCCAUUUGGGUCAUUGCCAUCUUCUGUGUGGCCUCCUCUGUCGGCCUCCACAGCUGUCUGUGGCCUUUUGUCAGGAGACUCCCUUUCUGCAAGUGCAGGGUCCCAGAGAACAACUUGCCAUACCUGCACAAACGGCCGCAGAUCCGCAGGUUGCUGCUGUCGGCCCUCUGCAUCUCUAUCAGCAUCACCUGGAUGGUGUUUCGCAAUGAAGACCAGUGGGCGUGGGUGUUACAGGACGCCCUGGGGAUCGCCUUCUGCCUCUACAUGCUCAAAACAGUCAGACUCCCCACAUUUAAGGCUUGCACCUUACUGCUGUCGGUCCUUUUUGUCUACGAUGUGUUCUUCGUAUUUAUUACACCCUUCUUUACAAAGAGUGGGGAAAGUAUAAUGGUGGAGGUAGCGGCUGGUCCCUCUGACUCCUCCAAUCAUGAAAAGCUUCCAAUGGUUCUCAAAGUGCCACGGUUAAACUUCUCUCCCCUGGCUCUUUGUGACCGGCCCUUCUCCCUCCUGGGCUUUGGCGAUAUCUUAGUACCUGGUCUGCUGGUGGCGUACUGUCACAGGUUUGACCUUUUAACACAAUCCUCCAGGAUCUACUUUGUGGCCUGUACAAUCGCUUACGGCAUCGGCCUGCUGAUCACCUUCGUGGCCCUGGCCGUGAUGCAGAUGGGUCAGCCGGCCUUGCUCUACCUGGUGCCUUGCACUCUGCUCACCAGCCUCACUGUAGCGCUGUGGCGCAGGGAGUUGCCCCAGUUCUGGACUGGAAGUGGAUUUGUGCCUGCCAUAGCGCUCGCACCGAUCAACUGUACACAAACUGCAGCACCGCAGACAGAGAAUCACUUGAAUAAACCGGAGCCACAAACCACAGAAGAAGAAGAAGAAGACUCGCAUCAUUCCCGGCCUCAGGAAACGGCCCCAGCCGAGAAAGAUAAAGCGGAAAACAAGUCUAACUGAAAGGAUGUGUCGUACGGCAUUUUACAUUUCACUUCAUGUUUAAUUUGUUUGUUUUUUCUACAUUGUGUGUCAGUCAAUGGACAUUUUCAGUACAGACAUUAAUUUGCACUUGGUGCGAAGGGAAGAGCAGAGGAGAUCUGUGCUUUCUGAAGGGCUGGCUCAGCGGCGCGGAAGGAUUGGACACACGAGGUCGAAGCUUUGAAACCGACAAACACACACCGAGUAUAAAACCUGCACAACAGCCCCAACGCCUUCUUCUUAACAACCGUCUGUAUCACCUCUAGAAAGGAAUGAAAAGCCAAAUCUGGAAGCUACCCAAGCUGAUGUUCACUAAAUACUCCCACAACAGUAAGCUGGGGGGGGUUUUAAAGGCUCAGUCACACCAGCGGUUACACAUUUAAUUAUAAAAUCAAUUCAUUCCAAUUGAAUCACUGCAGUUAGUGGUUUGGUUCACAGGGGGGUGAGGUGAACCCACGAGCCAUCACUUAAUAGCGUCGAAAGAUUGGUUUGCAGAUGGUUGUGUAGAGCUGCAGCUAUUAGUCAUAUAUUAAUAUAAUAAUAUUCAAAUAAUUAAUUUAGUAAUUUAAGCCAAAGAUUCCAGCUUCUCAAUUGUGAGGAUUUUAAGCUUUUGUCUCGUAUUUGAAAGUAAACUAAAUAUCUUUGAUCGGAUGAAAUUAUAACGGGCAUUAUAUAUCUUCUGACAUUUUGGAGAAAUUAUUAAUUGAGAUUUGUAUAAGCGUCAGAUUAAUCAAUAAUGGCAAUAAUGGAUGGUUGUAACCCUGCAGUCAUGAGACAGGAGUCCGUGGUACAAAUACACAGAUGAGUUGUGACAGAGGAGUCCGAGCAUGUUCUGGUUUGGCUAAUGUGCCACAUGCUGGUGUGACGGGACACACACACACACACACACACACACACACACACACACACACACACACACAC